UGUCCGUAAUGUGCGUUAUCUCAUCCGGUGGCCAACAUCCAAACGCGGUCUCGGCGCGGGGAUCGGCAGCAAUCCAGUCUGCAGCUGAACCAGAUCCUUCCCAACGCGGGCGCCAACUCGAGGACUGCUCAUGGGGAUCCCGGUUCUCUUCCUGCUCUGCUUCCUAGUCUCCGUCCUCCUGAGGUCCACGCUUCACUCCCUAAUCUUGCUCUUUCGCUUUCUGUCGGCGUCCUUCCUCCAUUGGUUUCUGCCUCGGCGGCAGCAGGAGGGCGAGCCGACCCUCGUCCUGUACCAAGGGAGGGUCUGGCAUCGAAGGGAGAAGCCCAUCUUCCACGCCUUCGAAUACGACGUCCGAUAUGCCCUGCUUGACCUGGACCGCCCGCCCGCCUCCCUUGCCCUCUCCAUUCGACGCCAUCACAUGACCUCUCAGGCUGCGCGUAAUGCUGCCGGCACUGAUGGCCCCGUCUUCCUUUUGACGAUACCUUCUAGCGUAGGCUACGAACAAAAUCCGUUGAGCGUAUAUUAUUGUUACAACUAUGACGGCUCCGAUAACAGCUUACAGCUCAAAAGCUGCAUUGCCGAGGUGACAAAUACACCUUGGGGAGAAAGGGUGUCAUUUGUCUUCAAGCCAGGAUCUGAUUUGGUGUCAAAGCCAUUGCAUGUUAGUCCAUUCAUGGAUAUGCUUGGGGACUGGAAUAUGUAUGCAGAUCCUCCUGGAGAUAACCUGUUUUUAAGGAUUUCAGUGCAGCAUCCCACACUUGGAAACUAUUUUACAGCUACACUAAAAGCCAGGAAAGCAGUAGAUUCCUUCUUCUGGAAGCACAAUCUUGAAAUGUUUUUCUGGUUAAUGCCACAAAAGGUGGCCAUUUGGAUAUACUGGCAGGCCAUCAAGCUAAGGUCAAAGAAUGUGUCUUUUAUACAUCACCCUAAGUAUUCGAAUAGCAAUUACAGAGAGGAGGCAUUGCUGCGAGAGAGGAAACUUAUGGGUUGUGGAGAAAGUAUGCAAACGGAAGGUAUCUGCCAUGAAGCCUCCAUCACAAGGGACCAGGUUUUACAGGGAAAUAUUGGAAGCAGGUGGUGUGUGUGGAGAGAUGCUAAAUGGCCAUGGUCUUAGAAUUUUUGUGCAGUUUUCUUAUCCAAAUGAAUCUGUGUAUUGAACAUGGAGAAGGGAUGCUCCCACCCAUUGUGGUUGCCUAUUUCCCUUGUACCAUUAUACUGCUACUAUCCUUUCCUUUCCUUUCCACUUCAUUUCCAAAUUGCACGAAACAAUAUUUCUUAACCAGUUUAGAUCAUACGCAUAUGGUGAGGCUUGUUAUUAUUAUAAUGACUCUAAGGAUGCAGACAGAAAGGGAACUUCAUGGUA